ACGGCGCUCAGGCCGUGGCUUACUGGCUUCCACCCACAGCCUUCGCACUUCCCUCCUUCCUCGCAAAUGGCCGUCGCCGUCCCCAACGCUCCCGGCCGCCUCUUCCUUCUCCAAUCCACCCCGUUCCCGAACCCUAGCAGCUCGGCAUCCGCCGCUCGAGCCCAAUCCUUCCGCGUACCACCCCUCCGCCUCUCGCUAUUCCGACGCAUGGCUGGGCGCUCGCUGACGGUGAUCGCAGGCGCCUCCGGCGGCUCCGAACGAGAUCUCAGCGCCUCCGCAGUCUCCGUGGAGGCCCUGGACUCCGUCGCCUCCGAUUCUGACUUAGAGACGAAGGAGCCCAGUGUGUCGACGAUGCUGACGAGCUUCGAGAACUCGUUCGACAAGUAUGGGGCUCUGAGCACACCGCUGUACCAGACCGCCACCUUUAAGCAGCCUUCAGCUACAGAUUAUGGAACUUAUGAUUACACUAGAAGUGGUAACCCUACUCGUGAUGUUCUCCAGAGCCUCAUGGCUAAGCUUGAGAAAGCAGAUCAAGCAUUCUGCUUCACCAGCGGGAUGGCGGCGUUAGCUGCAGUAACACACCUCCUUCAGGCUGGACAAGAAAUAGUUGCUGGUGAGGACAUAUAUGGUGGUUCUGAUCGUCUACUCUCGCAAGUUGUGCCAAGAAAUGGAAUAGUUGUAAAACGAGUAGAUACAACGAAAAUUAGUGAUGUGGUGUCUGCAAUUGGACCCUCCACUAGACUGGUUUGGCUCGAAAGUCCCACGAACCCUCGUCAGCAAAUUACUGACAUUAAGACAAUCUCAGAGAUAGCGCAUUCUCAUGGUGCUCUUGUUUUGGUUGACAACAGCAUCAUGUCUCCAGUGCUCUCCCGUCCUAUAGAACUGGGAGCUGAUAUCGUGAUGCACUCGGCUACCAAAUUUAUAGCGGGACAUAGUGAUCUUAUGGCUGGAAUUCUUGCAGUGAAGGGUGAGAGUUUGGCUAAAGAGGUAGGGUUUCUGCAAAAUGCUGAAGGGUCGGGUCUGGCACCUUUUGACUGCUGGCUUUGCUUGAGGGGAAUCAAAACCAUGGCUCUGCGGGUGGAGAAACAACAGGCUAAUGCCCAGAAGAUUGCUGAAUUCCUGGCGUCUCACCCGAGGGUCAAGCAAGUAAACUACGCUGGGCUUCCUGACCAUCCUGGGCGAGCUUUACACUAUUCCCAGGCAAAGGGAGCGGGCUCUGUUCUCAGUUUUCUCACCGGCUCACUGGCCCUCUCAAAGCACGUCGUGGAGACCACCAAGUACUUCAGCGUAACAGUCAGCUUCGGGAGCGUGAAGUCCCUCAUCAGCCUGCCGUGCUUCAUGUCCCACGCAUCAAUCCCUGCCUCGGUCCGCGAGGAGCGUGGCCUAACCGACGACCUCGUCCGGAUAUCGGUCGGCAUCGAGGAUGUCGAGGACCUCAUCGCCGAUCUGGACCGCGCGCUCAGAACUGGCCCGGUGUAGACAUCGCCGAUCCUUAGGUCAUGUCAAGCUAUCUUUUGAUGAUUCAUUGGUUGACUGCUUGCGUGAUGAUAAUAAUGGGAAUGUUGCUUGGAUACGCCGCUGCUACGCCUUCUCGUACUAGUCCGCUAGGAUUUGUUCACCUUGGGUGAAAGGCUGCCCGCUGUCGAGCUGUCGGCUUGUGGGAUGUGGCCACCGGCGGCAGCAGUGCCGCGGUGAGCAAACAUGCCUGUGGUUUCUUCCGUGCAUGCCCUGAAUUCUCUAUCGUUAGCACUUGUACAUCCCAAUUUGUGUGUAGGAAAACGCGAACGCCACGCAUUUUA